AUGAACAGGGGCAACAGGGGGGGGGCGAAGGGCAGCACCACCGGCGCGAAGAAGAAACCCACGCAGAGCAAUGAAAAGGGCAAGGGCGCCAAAGGAGUUGGGGCGCCCACCCCAGGGAGUAAGACGACCGCCCAGCAGAAGAGCGAAAAGAGGGAGUGCGCCGAUGUGCAGGCGGUGAGCGCGGAAGCUGCCAACAACAAAGUGGCUGCCAACGAAGCGGCCACUAACAAGGAAACUACCAACAAAGCGGCCCCCAACAAGACCCCCAACAAGGCCGCCAACAAACCCAACAAAGCGCCCGCGAAGAAGAGCAAGAAGAAGGUGGACAAGCUGGACCUCAUCCUGAGCGAAUUCAAAAGCGAAGUAAACCAGGGGGGAGCCGCCCCAAACGGCCACAACGCAGCAGAAGGCGAAGCUACGGCGGUGGAGAAGGCGGAGGAGGAACACAAAAUAGAUUUUGACGAAUUUGAAAUAGAAAAGAUAAAGAAGAGCAUCACCCUGAAGGAACACCUAAUGGAGGAGCAAAAUAAUAGCCACAUAAGAUUGCUGAACAAUUGGCCCCAAGUAGAAAGGAGCAUACAAACCAGCCCAGCAACGGUGCCAAUCGAAAUGGUAUACCAAGGGAAGAACUACCCCGUCGGAGAAAUCCAAAACUAUAAACAUGUCCUUAGUGGAAAGACCCUGCAAGAAAAGAAAGAGGCAGAAAAAUUAAGCUCCGCGUACUAUGAAGAUUUAAGAAAAGCUGCAGAGUGUCAUAGGCAAGUGAGGAAAUACAUACAGACGUAUGUCCAGCCGGGAAGAAAAAUGAUUGAUAUAGUAAAAGAGACAGAAAAAAAAACGAAAGAGUUAAUUUUAUCUCAUAAGCUAAAUUGCGGCUGGGGAUUCCCAACAGGGUGUUCAUUAAACAAUUGUGCAGCUCAUUACACUCCAAAUUAUGGGGACGAAACGGUGUUAAAAUAUGAUGAUGUAUGCAAAUUAGAUUUCGGGGUACAUGUCAAUGGGUACAUAAUCGACUGCGCUUUUACCAUCGCUUUCAACGAAAAAUAUGAUAACCUCAUUAAGGCCACUCAAGAUGGAACCAACACAGGCAUUCGAGAGGCAGGAAUUGACGCCAGGAUGUGUGACAUUGGGGAAGCCAUCCAAGAGGCUAUAGAAUCGUAUGAACUAGAGCUAAACCAAAAGACCUACCCCAUUAAAGCCAUUUCAAAUCUCAGAGGACACUCCAUCAAUAAGUACAUCAUUCAUGGGGGCAAAUGUGUUCCCAUUGUUAAGCAGAAGGAAAAAAAUGAAAUAAUGGAAGAGGGGGAGCUAUUUGCUAUCGAAACGUUUGCCUCUACUGGGAAGGGCUACGUUACGCACGAUAAUGAAUGCUCCCAUUAUAUGAGAAAUCCGGAGAAGCAAUUUGUGCCCAUCAGAUUAAAUUCCGCAAAGACGCUGUUAAAGGUUAUUAACGACAAUUUUGAUACCCUUCCGUUUUGCCAUAGAUGGCUGGAUGACUUGGGACAGAAGAGACAUUUUAUGGCUUUAAAGACGCUGGUAGAUUUGAACAUCGUGGAGCCCUACCCCCCCCUGUGCGACGUGAGGAACUCCUUUACCUCCCAAAUGGAGCACACCAUUUUGCUGCGCCCCACGUGCAAGGAGGUUUUGUCCCGGGGCCCAGACUUCUGACCGUGCGAAGCAAUCGCAAAUCAGCAGCAAAUCAACCGCGCAGCAGCGUUGACAUUAUAGCAGGCACCACCCUGUGGCAUUCUUUCCCUACGUGUAC